UAUACGAUUAUAGUUUUAUAUUAACCACUUUUAAUGGCCAAUCAAAGCAAAACAGUUUGGCUGCAAUCCUCUGAUACCCAUAAGCUGCAGUUUCAAGUGUUGACGGAGGCACCUUUGUCCAGUUUUCUCAAGUUUAAAUAUUACAAGGCAACUGGCGUGUAUCCUGAAUCCGUGAUCUUGCUCUUCAAUGGGAUGAAAAUCGAGGAGCAGGACACCUUUAGCUCCUUGGACAUGGAGGAUGAUGAUGUCAUAGACGUUAUACAGGCCAAUUAGUGAACUCAGAACCAUGAAAUAUAAUUAUAGGUUUUUGAUACAUGUAA